GCCGCAUGCUGUGCAGCGCAGAUCAGUCUCUGUGAUAGUUACCAUCGAGCUUGGUUUGUCAUCGAAAUUGAUGCUCCGAUCUGGCUUUCUCCAAUUUAUCUCUCCACAAUUUCUGAAGACGGUCUCUCGUCAGCGCGGUCAUCUUGGCUGAGAGGUAUUGAUUAUCGCGGAUAACUGUUCAUUAAUUCGAAUUGAUACUCGCGCUUUCUUUCAAGACAGUUCAAUUUCCAUUUGCGAAAGAAGAAGUUGAUUUAAGAAAAUAAAAAUAAACAUGGAAGACUCAGCUCCUCAACCAGCCGUCUCGCUGGGACAAGGGGUCGAAACUGCGCCCGGUCCCCUUCAAGCAGAAGCCAUGGGCUCAAACCACCCUGAAGGCUAUGACCACGUUUUUGACACAUCCGACGGUGUGGGCAACGGCCCUCGCAUUAUCAACAUUAGCGACAACUUGGAGGUCUUGUGUGGACCGCUGCUCAACUACAAACGAUUGAGUACGGACGAUAGUGGUCGCACAAUAUGGCACGGAACGGUGCUUAUUGUUACGCUCCCUGGCCAAAAACACCCCAUGUUGCGAUUGAGGCCAAAAGGCCCGGUAGCUCGCGGCCAAACUGAGUUCCACACCAAUGGCGAUGUCGCUACUGGAAGCGAGACGACGAUCAAGGGACAAAAGCUCUUUGCGGAUCCGGAUAAGGCUUUCUGGAGAUUUUUUGUUGCCGUCCCGCUGGAGAACUUUGAGGCGAGGUGGGAGUAUAUCAUUCCAACGUUCCGUUACCAAAGCGGGAAAACAGCGAAGGAGUCCUGGAAUUUUGUUGUCCCAUCUGUGUCAGAGUCAAUGCGCAUCAUGUUCCAUUCCUGCAACGGGUUUUCGGUUGGAACGGACCUUGACCAUUGGCAAGGGCCACUUUUGUGGAACGACGUGCUUAGGCGCCACGAACAGAAACCAUUUCAUGUCAUGAUUGGUGGUGGCGAUCAGAUUUAUAACGACUCUGUACGGGUGGAUGGGCCAUUAAGGGUCUGGACCGAUAUUACCAAUCCCGCAAAAAGACGAUCACACCCUUUCCCUAAUACUAUGAGAGAAGAGUGCGACAAGUUCUACUUCAAUAACUACAUCCGAUGGUAUUCUACGGAACCGUUUGCAACCGCAAAUGCGCAGAUUCCCCAAAUCAAUAUCUGGGAUGACCACGACAUCAUUGACGGAUUUGGCUCUUAUACGGAUCAUUUCAUGAAAUGCUCAGUAUUCCGUGGAAUUGGGGGUGUUGCUUACAAGUAUUAUUGCUUAUUCCAACAUCAUACCCCGCCGGCAAUGUCUACCUAUACCACUGAUACCCCGGAGACCAUGCAAGCGGUCAAUGGCACUUCCGGGCAAGACCCACGGCAACUGGAGAACAGCUACGUACUCCAAGAAAAGGAGGAUGACCCAAGUUACAUUCGCGGUGCUAGGCCUGGCCCAUACGUGGAAGAAAAGGGCCGAAAUAUCUGUACUCGACUAGGCAAGCGAAUCGCAUUUAUUGCAAUCGAUGGGCGUACCGAGCGUACUCGUCACCAGGUCAACUAUCCAGAAACUUAUGACCUCAUAUUUGACCGACUAGAAAAAGAAUUAUCCGCAGCUAAUGGCGAAAUUAAACAUGUGAUUGUCUUACUAGGAGUUCCUAUUGCUUAUCCUCGUCUUGCUUGGCUGGAAAAUAUCAUAUCUUCCCCAGUUAUUGCUCCUAUUCGUUUGCUUAAUCGACGUUUUGGUGUUGGUGGUGAUCUUUUUAAUAAGUUCGACGGGGAAGUCGACCUUUUAGAUGAUCUGGACGACCACUAUACAGCUAGACACCAUAAACGCGAGCGCAGGAUACUCAUCCAGCGACUUCAGCAUAUUUCAGAGAGAUUCUCUGUUCGAGUGACCAUCCUUGGUGGCGAUGUACAUCUAGCAGCCAUAGGCCGGUUCUACUCGAAAGUUGGGAGCAAGAUUCCGGUCAUCAAUGACCCAAGAUACAUGGUUAAUGUCGUCAGCAGCGCUAUUACCAAUAAGCCCCCGCCAAAAGCUGUUGCCAAUUUACUUGCUCGCAGAAACAAGAUUCACCAUCUUGACUUUCACACCGAUGAGACGCUUAUGAAGGUUUUUAACGAGCAGCCUGGAGGAAAAGAAAAGUCUGCAGAUUUCAACAAGGUGACGAUGCCGUCGCGCAACUACGCAUGCAUUACUGAAGUUGAUUUUUCGGGUGUCAAUGGGGGAACAAAAGUUAACGAGGAAGAGCUGGCGCAAUUCCCGGCACCGAAGAAUGGUCACAACCCUCUUCAUCCCGGUGAAGUGGAUGCAGGGACAACCCAUCCAGCUGCCGAUGGAAUCACUAGUAGAGUGGGCAUGGACGGUGGAUUAGAUGUGUCAAUUCGAGUUGAAAUUGAUCCUGCCGACAAAGAGGGCACAACAGAAGGAUACGGUUUUUGGAUUCCACCAUUGGUGUCCCCGAGAAUGGAGGGCCAUCACCGUUUCUCCCGUCAUCGUGAGGAUCGGCAGACAGCAGGACCCAGCGCAGCCUAG